CUACGGUACUUCCUUUGGCUUGACACCGCUAUUUUCUGGUCUCGCUGCUCUCGAUCGCUGAAUCCUUGAUCUAAGCAGGUAUCAUCGAGGAGAGUGUCUAAGGAACCGCUAGUGGAAGGGUGUAUAAACUACUUGCUAGCUACUCCAUCGGCAUGGUCUAUUAUGGCGCCCUGAGCAAAGGUUGCCAGCGCUGUCGCCAGCGCAAGAUCAAGUGUGACCAACGCAGGCCCGGAUGCUUGAAAUGCGAGAAAGCAAAGACGCCGUGUCCAGGGUUCCGGAACCUAAACGAUGUCAUGUUCAGGGACGAAUCUUUAAGGAUCAUCAAGAGAGUUCGCAAGACUUAUGAUGAUAAUGCCCCAUUAGAACAGCGAGCACCACUUAUAGUGCACAAUGCCGUCCCAACUGUCCAAUUACAGUCCAAUGGCUCGGAUGGCGCAACAACUGCCGACUCUCCUAGAGUACCCCGAGUUCUUCCCCUGCCCAUUAUUGAAAUGGCCGCAAACUUCUUCUUUGCCAAAUACACCUGUGAUGAGCCUCCUUUAUCUUCGGACUUUUUCAGCUGGCUUGCCAAGAUGUACAACCAAAAUCAGCCAAAUUAUGCGUUCCGGGCAGUCAUCGAGGCCACUGGCAUGGCAGGAAUAUCCAACGUAAAUUAUGCCCCGGAGAUUGCUUCCAAAGCUAAAGAAAGAUACGUUGAGGCUUUAGCUGCUACAAAGCAAGCCUUGAACAAUCCACACGAAUCUGUCUCGGAUGCGACAUUAGUCACGGUGAUCAAUUUGGGAAUUUUCGAGUUCAUUACCUUUGAGGAUUGGGAUCUCUAUCACUCCUGGUCUGCUCACCUCGAUGGUGCAACGGCACUGCUUCAACUCCGCGGCCAAGAACAAUUCAACCAUGAGCGUGGGGAGCAACUGUUUGCGCAAUUUCGGUCCCAACUUCUAUAUGCCUGUUUGCAGCAAGACCUCGCCCCUCCGCAAGCUUUACGCGAGCUACACCAAGAUUUUCGAGGCAGCAUCAGGGGCAAACCCCGCAUGACGGUUAAGCCGGGCCAAAUGAUAGAUAUAUCGUACCGACUGCUCGAUCUCCGGGCAGCGAUCAAGAAUGGUGAUAUGACAGACCACGACGCCAUACUCGAUGUAGCAAUACAAAUGGACAACGACCUUAAAAGCUGGAGGGCAAGCCUUCCUCCCGUUUGGGCGUAUGCUACUGUGGAUGCUCAUGAUAUUCCUGCCGGGUCAUAUUUUGGAGGCAAACAACACGUCUACAGCAGUCCUUAUAUUGCCCAGGUCUGGAAUAACUGGCGAACCCAGCGGAUACUUGUCAAUAGAAUCAUCUUUGACCAUCAGCCUCCUUACGAUACGGCUAGUCGUUCCCAGGAAUACUUUUUACUAUCACUUAUCCAAGAAUUGUCUGUCGAGAUUUGCAUUUCUGCUCCUAACUUCCUGGGAAAACCUCGUUCCACCACCCUCAUAUGGCCACUGCUCGUGGUCGCCCAAGAACCUCUAAACCUUUAUAACGAGAGAUCCUGGGCAACGGAAGUCCUCCGUCACAUUGGCUCCGUCAUGGGCGUGCGGAGAGCUAGUUUGCUUGCCGAUGACAUCUCGCGAACCAUUAUUAGGCCAAAAUAUCAUACAGUUCACAAUUUUAGGAACUUAUAGGGCCUGGAUUUCGCUCAGUAAUCUUGUUCUCCUAUAUCCUCAUAAUUUCUGUUGUAGUUGAAUUAUAUAGAGCUCUCUUUUCUUAGUCUCUUUUUAUAUCGCCCAAUGCAGCCUUGCUCACUUCUUCCUAGUAGC